AUGGCCAGCAUUGCGCGCAUAGCUGUUUCAAGGACCCACAACAUGGCGAAAGAUCACCAUCCUACAGCUUCUCAGCCAUUGCAGGCAAAGGAACACUUGCAAGAUGGAGCUCUGCAACCCGCACAGUCGAAUUCCAAUUCACCGAAGACUAAGAGCAAAUACCGCCAUGUCGCCGCUUAUCAUUCCCGCCUCACGAUAUCCUGUCUAAGCCGUGAAUCAGAGGUCAAUCCCAGCUUUUUUGGAUUUCGGAACCUUAUGGUUCUUGUACUGAUUGUGAUGAAUUUACGUUUGAUUGUUGAGAAUUUUAUGAAGUACGGAGUCCUUAUAUGUAUCAGAUGUCACGACUAUCGACAACAAGACGUUGUUCUGGGUGCGAUUCUAUCUGCACUCAUCCCCUGCCAUCUCUUCGUGGCAUUUAUAAUUGAGCGAGCGGCCGCUCACCAAGUCAGAGGAGCAAUUGGCCGCAUAAAGCGUGAGGAGUCAACACAGGAAGAUGCACCGGAGCAGCAGUCGUUCCGGUCAGCAUGGAUAUGUACGGCUAUUUCACAUUCAUUAAAUGCCAGCCUUUGUCUCCUCGUCACGAGUUACGCAGUGUAUUAUUAUGUCAAUCACCCCGGUAUCGGAACCCUAUGCGAGGUCCAUGUUAUCGUCGUCUGGCUGAAGAUCUGCUCAUACGCAUUUACCAAUCGAGACCUCCGCCACGCCGUGCUACACCCUUCAUCUACCUCCCCGCUUCCAGAGAUCUAUCAAUCCUGCCCCUAUCCCCGAAACGUUACCAUCGGAAACCUAACCUAUUUCUGGCUGGCACCAACCCUGGUAUACCAGCCCGUAUACCCCCGCACAGACCGAAUCAGGUGGUCCUUUGUCGCCAAGCGUGUGAUGGAAAUGAUCGGUCUUUCGGUAUUCAUCUGGCUCACCUCAGCCCAAUACGCGGCCCCAGUCCUGCGCAACUCCCUCGAGAAAAUAGCAACGCUCGACCUAACCUCCAUCAUCGAACGAGUCAUGAAGCUCUCCACAAUCUCCCUCAUUAUCUGGCUCGCAGGAUUCUUUGCACUGUUCCAGUCCUAUCUCAACGCGUUAGCGGAAGUCAUGCGCUUCGGUGACCGCGAGUUCUACACGGAGUGGUGGAACAGUCCUAGCGUGGGCACGUAUUGGCGUACGUGGAAUAAGCCCGUGUAUCACUUUAUGAGACGGCAUAUCUUCUCUCCGCUGAUUGGGAGGGGCUGGAGUCCUUUUGCCGCCAGCGUCAUGGUGUUCACCUUCAGCGGGAUACUGCAUGAAUUACUCGUGGGGAUCCCAACACAUAACGUCAUAGGUGUCGCUUUCGCCGGCAUGGUUCUCCAACUUCCCCUGAUCGCAGCAACUCUGCCACUGGAGAAAAUGAACACCCGGACCGGCAAAAUCAUUGGUAACUGUGUGUUUUGGGUGAGCUUUUGUCUUGUGGGACAGCCAUUGGCGGCGUUGUUGUACUUUUUCGCGUGGCAGGCUAAAUACGGCAGUGUAAGCAAACUGCGCGUAUAA